AAUCGCGUUGGGUCGUGGUGGUGUUAAUCCCCUUCCUUUCUGGGCUUUAGCGCCCUGAGGCCACUGAAAUCCAUGCUCGUCGGCAUUCAAUGGACCCGUCGUCUGUGCACAAAGCUCCUCCAGUUGAAGAAGAUGAGUGGGACACUGAUGGGUUCGUGAUUCCCAGCUUGGGAAUAGAAGAAGAAGAGACAGACCAAACUAAAGUUAGCUCUCCAAAAGUAGAGAUCCAAGAGCCUCCUCCAAAGGUUAAAGAAGAGAUGACGAUCUAUCUUGGCCCACAUGGCGCACCACCAUCACAGUCAAAACAAGAUUUGAGCCCCGCCAAUCGUAAACAUAGGUUAAAGCAGAAAUUGAAGGAAGCAGAUCGGAGGACCACGACGGGACGGGAGAAUAAGUUGGAGAAUUUGAGAGAGCUUGUAGGUGGUGGAAAAUCAAGCACCAAUAUGACAAAAGGUUCUUCAAGGGACUGGCUUGACCCACAUUGCCAUGAGGCUCAGUUUGAGAAGUAAUGCCCACAGAGAUCAACUUAACAAAAUUAGCAUAGUUUUCAAGAUAAAGAUCUGAUGGGUCGAUUUGUCACGGUAUUAAACGUCCUUUCGAGACAAAUAAUACCUUCUCUAUAUUUUUGGAAACUUAAUGCCCAGAGUUUAGAACUAUAAUAAGUUUUGUAUUGGAGCUUCAAUGGUAUAAUUCAAGUAGUUGCUGUAAAAGCAGCAUGUUUGGUGAA